GGCAACGAUGCGUUGCCAUGUUAACAAUAUUACACAAAUUGUUUGAGUAGCUCAAAAUAAUAAAGCCAUCAAAAGCUUUUGUUAAGCAGUUAAAAUGUCGCGCUUAUUGAAUAAGGAUUAUCGGUCAGCUGAUUUCCAGCAGCUCAGUCAGCUGAUCAAAGCUCAUCCGCUGAUGAAGAAAACAACAACAACGGAACAGCAGCAACAGCUGCAAAAGCUUCGCACUCCCGAAUAUCGCACCAAAUGUGUGAUGAGAGCUUCGCUUGAUGAUAUUGCUCUGGGUAUCAACCUGUACAAGUUGCACUUGACCGCUGAGAAGUCCGCACCGAAAACGGAGACAAUUAGCUUUGCUGCCGCUCCUCAAAGUGCACGGCAAAGUGGGAAGCCGAGUGCUACGCCCUUUAUUAAGGUACUGUUGCGCAAGACGCCCAUUGUAAUCCUGUUCGAACGUUGCAGCAUGACCGCGGAGGCGGACACCGAGGAGGGUCGCCAUGUCCAGGCGGAUAAUCAGCGCUACGAGGAGCUGCUCUCCGGCACGGAUAAAACCCGACGCACCAUCGAUGCGGAUACGCAAACGAUGACGGCUCUCAUGAAAUCGAGGUUGAUGAACACGGAACGAUUGCGUACGGAUAAUGUGGCAUCGUAUGUGUCCAAUUUUGAGAUGUUCGAUACGUACAAGGAUCUGCAGGCCUCGACAAAGAGUGUGGAGGUGCAGGGUGCCCAGAAAAUGGAGGUGACCACCUAUAAAGUUGAUGGCAUCGAUCAAUUUGUCGCCAUCAAUAAGUUGCCCAGCUUUCGGGUCGCUCUCAUGCUGACCAUGCGCAUCCUCGCCAGCAACGUUUUUGAACCACAACAGCGACGUUUUCGCAAUAUGACACCACCUGAUCCGCUGGCCGAAGAUGUCAAGUUCAAGUAUCGUUUGCGACUACUUUGGCGAUUGAGUGCUCCCUCGUCCAAUUUCGGCGUGCAGCAGGCGGUGACUUCUGUCUGCUUCUGCCCCAGCAAUGGAGACAUCCUGGCCGUCUCCUAUGGCAUCUAUACGUGUGCCCGGUCUGCGCGUAGCCCGAGCUGUGGCUAUGUCUAUGUGUGGAACAUUAAGAAUCCCGUGAAUCCGGAACGUUGCUACGACUACGGGGUGGCCGUGGUUACGGUUCAAUUCUCACCAGUGGUUCCACAACUACUGGCAAUUGGCCUCCACAAUGGCGACAUUGAGGUGAGGGAUAUCUCCCGGCCGGAUCAACCGCCGCUGGCCAUUUCGCAGCGCAGCAGCUCACCUCACUUUGAGCCCGUUACGUCCAUCAAAUGGAUUCCGCGCAGCGAUGGCGAUGUUUCAACGGGUGCUGAAAUUACGCCGUUUCUGGCUGCCUCCCAAGCAGGCGCCAUAACCAAAUAUCAACUGAUUAACAGUCCACAUCUGUUGGGCUUCGAGCAUCAGCGUUUCCAGCGUGCCGAGGAGGAGCUGGAGGGGAUUCCGCUGCAGCGUCCGUCUCAGAUAGUGCCGCUGCUUGCCAAUCGACAUCCGCAGUGUCUCGAACUGGUGCUGGAUCCAGUGCAGACAGAUCUCUACUAUGUGCUCACCGACGAGGGCACACUCUACAAGUGCUCCACAAACUAUCCGCUGCAGCAUCUGGAGCUGCGACAGGUGCACGAGACUACCGCGGUCUGCAUGGAUUUCUCACCCUGGUCCCCCAAACUAUAUCUCACCUGUGGCAGCGAUUGGUGCAUUCGCAUUUGGUUAACUGGCAUCCUCUUGCCGCUAAUCACGCUCCAUCAUCACCUGUCGCCGGUUCACUGCGCCCGCUGGAGUCGCACUCAUUCCACAAUCUUGGUCUCCCUCAGUCUUAACACCGUUGACAUCUGGGAUCUGAGGAAUAGCACACUCAAACCCGUCUCAUCGACUACAAUUGAUGCCAAGAUUGACUAUACGACCUUCUGUUUUACGCACUGUGGUCGCUGUUUGGCGGUGGGCAACGAGGCUGGUCAUCUGCUGAUGUUGGCCUUUGAGGAUAUGCCCUUUCAGCCUCAUUUCCAAUACAGGCAACUCAAGCGGGCCCUUUUCAAGGCUUUGGCUUUGGAUCCCGAACUGCUGGAACAGGCUAAGAGCGUGGGUUAUUUUGGCUAUCCUGGCGGCAAUUCUAAAACAAAUACUCAAUAAAAUUUAACUGGAACACAAAUAAAAUAUAAAUAUAAAAUUAUAUAUUUUGAAUCGU